GCCGCCGCUGCAGGGGCUGCCGUGGAGAUGCCGAGCGCCGGCGCCGCCUCUCUCCUCCGCGCGCUGCUCGGCUGAAGGCGCACAGGACUCAGUUACUGGAAUUGUCAACUCUGCUAGUUUAUGCACGCAUUUCUCUUCCACUAUGAGCAGACCAAUUGUAUUGCACAUUUGUCUGGCUUUCUGUAGCCUUCUACUUCUCAACUUUGCCACACAAUGUCUGGCCUUCCCCAAAACGGAAAGGAGGGAGAUAGCUCAUGUUCAUGCGGCAAAAGGGCAGUCUGAGAGGAUGAACACAGGUGACCUAGAAAACAGCUCCAUUACUUCAAAGCAGACUCCCCACCUUGUGGUCUCUGAAGAUCCAAUGAUAGUGUCAGCACGACCAUCAGCAACGUCAUUAAAUAAAGUAUUCUCGAUUAACAAAGAAACCCAUCCUAAAGGAGCUGGGCUCAUGCAGCCUAAUAACCCCAGUGAUUACACUGCUACUGAACCAGUGGUCCUAGCAGGUGAAGAAGGGUUUAGUUCCAGCCAGCCAGGGAGAAUGUCUCCUGAAAGCAGACUUUCCAAGACCAUGUUAACUAUUGCUAUCACUGCAACUGCUUCUCUGAAGAUUGAUGAAAAAGAGGAACCCUUUAGCAGUACCAGCAUUCAGCCCACUGCAAAAGAGACCACAGAUGUGACACCAGGUUCUCUGAAGUAUGUGGAUAAUCAGUCAUUUGCAACUGAAAGUCAGGAAGGAGUUAGUUUGAAGCAUUCACCUUCAUCCUACGUGAAUACUAAAGAAAUAUUUACCAUUAAUCCGAGGACUGGGAAAUUUAGAGCAGACACAGACCAUCGGACAACUUCUUCUCCUGGUGCAGAGUCCACAGCAGGCACUGAGCCUGGAAGCCUCACGCCUGAUAGGGAAAAGCCUUCUGAGAUGACAGCUGAUAGCACCCAGGCUACUGCCACCAGGCAUUUGCUCAUAACUUCCGAGUACACUCUGAGUGUUGAGGCAGAAACUGACAGCCUGCUGAGAGCCCCAGAAGUCACAGAGAGUGUCAGCACAGCUGUUCCAGCUCCCUCUAUCUUCAGUGAUGAGUGGGAUGACACCAAAUUAGAGGGUGUAAGCCAGAUAAGGACCUCAAAGCAUGGAGACAAUGCGGAGACUCAGGUGAGAAUGGAGACGUCUCAGACAGCACAAGUAAGCCACUACGAUGUUAUCGAAGGAGGCCAACCCAUGACAGAGGCUACAGAGGUGGCCCUGGGGCUGCCUGAAGGAGAAACACACAUGGGGACAUCUCUGCUGCUAGUGCAUGGGGAUGAGAGAUCACCUGCCUUCACUGAUCAAAGUUCCUUUACUCCCACAAGUCUGAUAGAGGAUAUGGAAGUUUCUGCUGUGAACCUGUUCCAAAGUAUGGGAGACUACACGGAAUCCACCAAGGAAAAUGACGCUAUGUUUUUCUUAGAGACUACUGUUUCCAUCUCAGAAUAUGAGUCUGAGGCAUAUCAACUGUUGGGAAAUGCACCGAAAGACAUCGCCACUCAAGAGAUGACAACAGCGGUUCAAGACCCAGAAGCCACUUUAUCCUUGAUGACACAAGAGCAGGUUGCUACCCUUGAGGUCACCAGAGACAAUGGUGAGACUGAAGGAAGAGAGGAGUCCCCCUUUCCCAUGUCUGAUGUUCCUGGUGGUACUCAGCUGUCGAGAAGGCGGGAGCCUCUGGCCACGACAGUUUCAGCUUUAGCCGUCUCUUUGUCUUUCGAAGUUACUCCUGCUGCUGUGGAAGACCUGACGGACACAGUCACAAGGCCAAAUGAAGAGUUCACACCAGUUUUGGACUCUCCAGUGACACCUUAUGGAAUAAUGGUGGAGACGCCCAGCAUUUCCCCAGCCUUUCCUGCUUCUGAGGCAUCCUCUGAGAGAACUGUGGUUCCAUCCAUUAGCCGUGUUAAUACAGCUGCCUCAUAUGGCCUGGACCAAUCUGAAUCUGAAG